AUGCCCGCGAAUGCCGACAAGUCCAGGCAGACCUCGGCCGGAAAAAGCUUUUUUGGGAGGAAACUGUACAAAGACAAGGCACCGGAUGAUCGUUACGAUGGGUAUGGGGGUUCCUACGACAGUCUCGCCCCGCCGGGCAGCACCGCCGGCUCUCGCUCGUCCCGCUAUUCAAAGCGCUCUUCAAUUCAGUCUGUCGACAUGACCCAUGAUAUCGAUCCCAGCAGCCUCGCGCCUACUGCCGGUGUCAUUACUACUAUCCCCUUCGAAAGUCUUCCCUCCGAUACCAGAACGCCCAUCCCCAUCGACAACAUGGCCCGACCAGAGUCCCGCCAGGAACCCUCCCCCAACCACAUCGGCAGUACCGGCGGCGACUACCAUCAAUAUCCCGUGUGGACCUCUACUUCUGCGCCAAAUGGCUCCGCGUCGCAUCCCUCCGGCCCUCGUCCGCCUCCACAUGCGUCAAACACGACGAUGACAAGUAGUACAUCCGGCGAUCGUGGGACCAGAUACCAACAAUGGGGACGGCCGGGAAGCUCGAGUGCGAGUGCCAAUAACGGCAUGGGUCAUAACUCAUCCAUCGAUUCCUCGUCAAAUUCUCGGACAUCACUCGACCAGGCCAGCUUAUAUUCUUCUCACUCUUCUAAUACCCGCGGCUCCAACUACUUCUCUACCUCUGAUGGGUCUGGUCGCACCCUCACCACGUCACAUUCAAGUGAUCGCAGUACACUUUUCCCUAGCGGAAGUGCUGGUCGAUUGUCCAAUGCACAAUCUGCCUCGCAAAAUAUUCCUGCAGCCGUGCCCCGGCCACCUGAUCAAUAUCUAACUCGACCAAGAGACGAUCGUAUAGUGGAUCAGCUAUUCCUGGAACUGAUGAACAAACGAGGCUGGCAGAAUCUUCCUGAACAGGCUAAACGGCAAAUGCUGUCGUAUCCUGCCUCGAAGAAAUGGACCCUAGUCCACCAGGAUCGAUUGACGGAGCUGCAAGGAGAACAAAAGAGGCGACAAAACGCCCGUCAAACCCACGGUCAUGAUGGAUUAUCCGGUCUUUUAGAGCGUGCCGACGAAGAAGGAAGCCCUGAAUGGUACGUGAAGAAAGUGAUGGACGACUCAAUUACUUCCAAGCAGCUAGCCAGUUUGAGUGUCAGUCUGCGGACCCAACCCAUCAGCUGGGUUAAAACGUUCGUGGAAGCCCAGGGUCAAGUGGCUUUGACAAAUGUUCUACAAAAAAUCAAUCGACGAAAGACUUCCGGUCCAGUCCCCGCUCCCCCAACUGGGGACAAGGAUCUUGACCGAGAAUAUGAUAUCGCCAAAUGUUUGAAAGGUCUCAUGAACAACAAAUAUGGUGCAGAUGAUGCGCUUGUGCACCAGGGUGUUCUUACUGCCCUUGUUAGCUCUUUGUCAUCUCCCCGUCUCAACACUCGGAAGCUUGUCAGCGAAGUCCUCACGUUCCUGUCCCACUGGGCCGAUGGAGAGGGUCACCAGAAGGUUAUUCAGGCCAUGGAUAAGGUCAAACACGACCACAACGAAACUGGUCGCUUCGAUGCCUGGAUGCGAAUCGUGGAGGUCACCAUCGAUGGUCGUGGUAAAAUGGGAAGUUUGGUCGGCGCUAGCGAGGAGUACCGCAGUGGAGGCAUUGGCAUGGAAAACCUCCUGAUGGAGUAUGCUGUCUCGACAAUGAUGCUCAUCAACAUGCUAGUUGAUGGCGCUGAGAAUGACCUGCAAUUGCGAUGCCACAUUCGUGCCCAAUUUACCUCAUGUGGAAUCGUUCGUCUUUUGACAAAGAUGGAAGGUUUCCAAUAUGAGGCAAUUGACAAGCAGAUCGAACGCUUCCGUGACAAUGAGGCUAUCGAUUAUGAAGAUUUGCUCCAACGGGAGGGCAGCAGCAUGAAGGACAGUGUUGAGGGCGAGGUCAAGGACAUGAGUGACCCUCUUCAGAUUGCGGAUGCCAUCGCCACAAAGAUCAAUGGUACUCGAUCUCAUGACUACUUCUUGUCGGCUAUGCAGCAUAUGCUUCUGAUCCGGGAAAACUCCGGGGAAGAGGGCUUACGCAUGUUCCAGCUCGUAGAUGCCAUGAUGAGCUACGUUGCUAUGGACCGCAGGCUUCCCGACCUCGACUUGCGUCAAGGUUUAAAUUUCACUGUGCAAAGCCUUUUGGAUCGACUCCAUACAGAUGCCGAGGCAAGGCGAGUAUAUGAUGAAUCCCUAGAGGCUCGUCAAAUCGCGGAGGCAGCCAUCGCCGAGCGUGAUGAGAUGAAAGCCCAGGUAGAGCUCGGUGCGGACGGUCUCGUCAAGAAACUUCAGAAGCAGAUUGAGGAGCAGGCCGGCAUUAUUGAGCUCCAAACUCGACAAAACGAGACAAUGAAGGCCGAAGUGGGUGAGGUGCAGCGGCUGCGUGCCCAAGAACUGCAACGUAACGAAUUGGAGACCCGAGAGCUUUAUCUGAUGCUCCGGGAUGCCCAAGACAUCGCUGCGUCAAAUGCUCGGAAGCUUAACCAGACCGGGGAAGGUGAUCCAUCGCAAAUGCCCGGAAUCAUGGAUCGAGAGCGUCUCAUGGAGCGUCUAGAGCGCCAGCUGGAGAGAACCAAGACCCAGUUCAAACUGGAGGGCAAGGUUUGGGGUCAAUUUGAAAAUGGUCCAUCAGACCGAUUGCGUGAGCUACGUGAGCAGAUGGACGACCAUAGAGAUAAUAGUGAGGAGUUCGCUGAGCAAACCCGUCGCACUAUGGACUCCAGUUCCUUUGGAUCUGUCUACCGCAAACGAAGCCAUGUGCCCGAGAUGGACCAGUUCCCAGAUGGUGCAGUGCCGACUAUUGCAGAGGGUGACGAAGCAGCGCCAGGCCAGUCUUAUGGUAUGAUGGGCUUCCAGCGACGUUUGAAUCCUGUACAGGCAAAUGGGCUAUUAGGCGAGCUAGCUCUCAAGGUGCCCAAGUAUGAUGAAGGUCCAAAGGCAACAGGUACUGCAGAUAUCACUGCAGAGGAUGCCGCUGCCGGAGAUAUCACCCCAACAGAAGCACCCAGGUCCGAGGUCAAGGCAGAGUCAGACAAACUGGCAAUGCCUCCGCCCCCGCCUCCCCCCGGUGGUGCAAAGCUGGCAAUUCCUCCUCCUCCGCCACCUCCGCCACCAGGAGGCAUUGUUGUGCCGCCGCCACCGCCGCCGCCAGGUGGUUCAACGGGAAUUCCCGUUCCUCCGCCGCCGCCGCCUCCUCCCCCCGGCGGUGCCAAUAUCGGAGUCCCUCCUCCUCCCCCUCCAGGGGGCAUCUCUGUCGCUCCCCCUCCGCCUCCUCCGGGAGGGAUUAUUCGUGGACCGCCUCCUCCCCCUCCUCCAGGGGGCGCUGGUGUUGGUCCUCCACCGCCUCCUCCGGCCCCCGGGGCAAAUGGCUUCGCUCCUCCCCCUCCUCCAGGUGGCGCUGGUUUUGGUCCACCACCGCCUCCCCCGGUUCCUGGGGCAAAAGGCUUCGCUCCUCCCCUCCUCCCCCCCCCCAGUGCUCCCCUGGGUGCUGGCUGGAGACCCAACUACAUGGCUGGAGACUCUGUUCCUGGUACCACUCAUUUGCCGUUUAUUCGUCCUAAGAAGAAGCUCAAGGCCUUGCAUUGGGACAAGGUUGACACUCCCCAAGUGACAGUCUGGGCCGGUCAUGCCCCAACAGCCGAGGAUAAAGAAUCGAAAUACACCGAUCUUGCCAAGAAAGGUGUAUUGGACGAAGUUGAACGACUGUUCAUGGCGAAGGAAACCAAGAUUUUCGGAGCCAGCACUGCAGCCAAAAAACGCAAUGAGAAGAAGCAGAUCAUUUCCAAUGACCUGUCUAAGAAUUUCCAGAUCGCUCUUUCGAAGUUUUCGCAAUUUCCUCCCGAGGAGGUGGUUCGCAUGAUCAUUCACUGUGACCGAGAAAUGCUGGAUAACAUGGUCGUCAUGGAUUUCCUGCAACGAGAAGAGAUGUGCAAUAUCCCAGAGAACGUUUCAAAGUUGAUGGCACCGUAUAGUAGGGACUGGACGGUCCCGGGUGCUACCAGUUCUGAGCGUGAGCAAGACCCCGCCGAGCUCACCCGCGAGGAUCAAAUUUAUCUGGCCACCUCCUUUGAGUUGAACCACUACUGGAAGGCGAGAAUGCGGGCCCUUGCGAUGACUCGGUCCUUUGAGCACGAGUAUGAAGACAUCUCGACUAAGCUGCAGGAUGUUGUCACUGCCAGCGAGUCUUUGCGUGAUUCUGUCGCUCUGAUGAACGUUCUUGGUCUCAUUUUGGACAUCGGAAAUUUCAUGAACGACGCCAACAAACAGGCCCAGGGUUUCAAGCUCAGUUCACUUGCCCGCUUAGGUAUGGUCAAGGAUGACAAGAAUGAGACUACUUUCGCCGACCUGGUCGAGCGCAUCGUGCGCAACCAAUACCCAGAGUGGGAGAGUUUCUAUGAGGAAAUUAAUGGUGUGGUCAGCCUUCAGAAAGUCAGCGUCGAUCAACUAUGCACCGAUGCCAAGAAGUACAUCAGCAACAUCAAAAACGUUCAAUCCAGCUUGGACGCGGGCAAUCUGAGUGACCCGAAGAAGUUCCAUCCCCAGGACCGCGUCAGCCAGGUCGUUCAGCGAAGCAUGAAGGACGCUCGUCGCAAGGCCGAGCAAAUGCAGCUUUAUUUAGACGAAAUGGUCAAGUCCUAUGAUGAUAUCAUGGUGUUCUACGGUGAAGACAACACUGACGAAAAUGCCCGACGAGACUUUUUCGCUAAAUUGGCUUCAUUCUUGCUUGAAUGGAAGAAAUCGCGAGAAAAGAACAUAGGUCUUGAAGAAUCUCGGAAGCGUACUGAAGCUUCUCUUGCUCGCAAGCGAAUCAAUGUCAAUCUUGCCAAUGGUGCUGCUUCUGCCGAAAUACCGAAUUCGCCUGCCACAAGUGGUGCAAUGGACUCGUUGCUAGAGAAGUUACGUGCCGCUGCACCUCAGGCCAAAGAUCAGCGCGAUCGCCGUCGCCGUGCUCGUCUCAAGGAACGCCACCAGGUCCGUGUGGCUUCUGGCCAACAUCCGCCCGAGGCAUCUGGUGCCGCCGAAGGAGACGCGGCUGUGGAUCAGCCCGCCGAUGGUGAAUCCAAGAAUGAUGAUAACGGUCUGUUGAGUCCUUCGGUCCCCGAGGGAGAAGAGGGCGCCAAGGAGGCCCAAAUUUCCGAAGGCGAAGAUGUUGCAGACCGUGCAGCUAGCCUGCUCAUGGGCCUCAGAAGUAACUCUGAUGCCAGUGGCGAACGCCAACGGCGACGAAGAGAAAGUGCCGACGAGGAGCGGCGCAAUCGUCGUAUGCGACGACGCAACGGAGCUACAACUGGAAGCAAAGACAGUGCAGAUGGCGGUCUAUCAACAGUACAAGAACCUUCAUCACCCUCGCAAGCCGAUUCCGUCGGCACCGAGGAUCUCUUACCAAGCCCACCCGCUGAGCCCCCUUCUAUUGUGAUCUCUGAACAGCAUGAACCCUCAUCACCCGAACCCCCCAGUUCUUUUGACCACCCGAUUGAAUUAUCGGAUUAA